AUGUUACUACUCGCAACCGAGACCAGGCUGUCCAAGAUCGACAAUGGUUCCAGUCUUCUAGAUCGUCUUGAUCAUCCGGGAUUCUUGGAGGACGCGCUCUACGCGGAGCGAUGGGAUGUAUUGCGUGAAACAUUCAAGUUCUAUCGUGCGCACAAAGUCCCGGAGGCGGUCCUCGCGCAUUUUCUGCGUGAUCUCAUGGCAUAUGCUGUGGAUAGAUUGCGCUAUCUUGGCAUGAAUCAUGACUGCCUCGAAGUGAUGCUUGAACUUGGCCUCGAUAAGCACAUGGAUAGACCUCCUCGUUAUGGAGGUGGCACCUUGCUACAUUUUGCGUUGGGUUCAGAGUGGAUACGAAUUCUGAUGGAUGGGGGCUUUAAUCUGGUGAACUAUCGAAACGAACUUGGAAAAACUGCAUUUCACCAAUUCCUGUUGCAAUGGAAGUAUGAACAGGCCCGUACCAUCAUGUCCUACGGCUGUGAUUUGACUUGGCAGGAUGUCAGGCGCCAGACACCUCUACAUUCGUCGAUCCGCGCAAUCAUUGAAGCCAGCGGCUACUUCCUGGAUAUUAGUUCGUCUCCUUAUGGCACAGUAUCGAAGUGUCUUUCACUUGUCGCUACUCUCCUACGUCAGGGAGCAGAUGCUUCAACUCGUGAUAAUUGCUAUUGCCCCUGUUCUCCCGGGGGCUGCUCUCCCCUUCUUCAGCUCCUCAGAGCGAGUGCUGCAUGGUCACCCGAAGAGCGCUUUGUUCAGCCUAUCUGGGCCCUCGAGAUUUUGAUCAUGAUUGACGAAUUGCAAAGCAGUUUAAUUACACAACAAGCAGUUGAUGACAUGCUACGCGUGAAAGAGUUUCAGUCCCUGGAGAUGACUCACGUCUGCUGCUGUGGCUCGUCCCCUAUCGGCCGUACAGGAACCACGAUUGCCGCAGACGAGAUCGACGAGAUCAUUGACGAAGAGAAAGUACUGGGCGGCUCGACAAGCUGA